GCAGAGUCAAGCCCUGGAGCCAAGGCAAUGCCCAGACAACGACGAGGGAACAUGAAUGGUACCAGUGGCCACUAGCUGGCGCACAAGGGGGCCUGGACCUGGUUGUUGUUCGAUUGAGGUUGGAAAAACCGAAGAUGGCUCGAUGUCAAGCCGAAGUUGGCAACAAGUUGGAUGAGAAUCACACAAUUUUGCACUCAUCACACUCCAAGGUCGGUGAACUGCAGAAAGGAGCGUCUCAAGUUGUUGCUGGGGAUUGGCCAUUGGCUGGAUUUCGGUGUUUCCUGCAGCCACUGAUUCUGACCCAUGGUUCCGGGCGAAACUAAAGCAUGCAUGGGCAAGGAUAGGCGACAGGUGCCGCCCCGUUUCACGAAGGCUUAAAAUGCAAAAGAUGAGAACAUCACCGUGACCUCUACGCAGACUCCUCCGUUUCUUAUCGACAUCCAGGAUGGCACCCAAGGGCGACAACAACAUUAGGUUCCUCGUAUGGACAUCUGGCGAGCAGGCAGAAGAGGAUAUCCACAGGCAGAGCUUCAGCCGGCAUCAACAUGCUGCUCUUGUUGGUCAUCAAAAGAAGAAGCUUCAGGCCGACCGUACUCAAUAUGGCGAUUCAGCAACUCGGAUAUCCUCCAAGGGCGCCAAAACGCCACCAGGAGCAAAGCGCUCAAAGUCAAAGACCAAACCAGCGACAGCUUCAAGGAAGAAAAAGGCUUUGCUUCGAGUACCUCCUAGCGCCAACAGAAUGGAUCCUUUUGAUACGUGUUGUGUCAGUGGUAUCUCUGCUUCUGCCCAGAUGAUGCUUCAGUUUGCCAUCACUCACCAAUGGCCGGCUUAUGCAACAUCUUGCGAAGCUACAGUUGUCGACAGGUGGAAGGGUACCACUGUGAAAAUCGCCAUCGACAGUCCAUGUCUGCUGCAGGCAAUAAUCUAUGCUGGAUCGUGUUACCGGUCUUUCCUUGGUCCCACAGACAGCUCGAUAGAUCAGGUUCGCACUCAGUCCUAUCACGAGACCCUGACGCUUCUACGCAAAGAGAUCCAGGCGUUGAAAGGUCCGCCUCCUGAAGAACUGCUCCUUGCCAUAGUUAUCCUGGCGAUCAAUGGCACACCGGACUACUCGAACAGGCAAGCUUUGACUACGGAAGAGCAUUACAGGGACAACGAAUUCUACUUCAGAAAACCCUGGGCGCCUGAGCAUUUCCAGGCCUUGACUUCACUCACCAUGUCGAAAGGGGGCCUGCAGAGUAUCUCCAUCGGGCCCAUAGCAGCCAUGAUAUUCAUAUGCGAUUUGAUCGAAAGCUUUUCCACCUUGAGGAAGCCCAACUUCUCAGCCUUCCCUCCGCCCAAAUCCAUCCUCUGCCACAUUCAUGUGUGUCCUUUCUAUGACCAGUCCACGUCUGGAUUCCAUUUUUUGCGCACGAAAAGACAUAGUCGAAUCCUUCUGAGGCUGGUCCGAAGUGCCCGUGAUCUCCUCUACACCUACGAGCUGUGCUUGCAAGGACUCGGCGCCGGCGUCGAGUUGUGGCAUCUAGUCUAUGCGCGCCGACUCUUGCAGCAUCAAGCUCUCUCCCUUGAGACCAGUACCGACCAGCUAUACACGCUAUGUCGUCUCGCGGUCACAGUCUAUCUUAUCGAGUCGUUCGUCCUGCAACCCGCUAUCCUGCCCUUUCAUGACUACAGCUCUCGGAAGCUCAUGCUGGUCAUUGACGAGUGCGACAGACUUGGCUACUGGCACACAAACCCCGAUCUCAUGCUCUGGACCACGAUCCUUGGAGGCCUGACUUCUCGUGAGCGACCUCUUCGCUGGUGGUUCGCUGAGCAGCUGCGCGGCAGUGCAGUGCCUACAACCAAACCCAGCUGGGCCGAGGUGCUAAACAUCUCCGACCGGUUUCUUCCUUUGAAAGGCGAACAGGGAGAAGGCUGUCGGCUUUUCUGGGAGGAGGCUUGCGACUGGCUGUCCGACGCAAACCAGAGAUCUGGCCGUGUCAACUUCAACAUGGAGUUACGUGUGAAAGAGAGACCCCCCAAAGAGUCAGCCUCUGACUAGACUACUCAGCGCAGUAAAUCUCAAAGCAAUGUGAUGUCCAAGCAGACGAAUGCGACAGUACCGACUGACGAGUCUAGUCGAGAUCUUGACUAACGAGUGGAUCUAAGAGGACUAACUAUUGUCACCAUGCUACGAACUCGUCGGGCAGCUUUACCUACGGCCGGUGAUCCUUCUGCCAAAGUUAUCAUGACCAUCAUCCCACAGGGGCCAUUAGGGUGCUCCUAUCGUCGGUGAUCAUAUCAAUUACUAGAUGCUCCAUCAGCGCCUUGCAUAGUCAUACCAACCCACAGCUCAACGCUACAACAUUCAGCCCUUCAGACAGGCAUCCUAUCCAACAGUACUACCUUCUAAUCACACUCGGCCCAGUCAUUCUCCCUCCACCAGCAAGCAAACUUUGGCGGACAAUCAUUUCCGCAGCAGCAGCCGCCGCAAGACGCUCCUUCUGCCUCGACCGAUCCCUUAGGUAGCCGGCCGCUUCCGGCCUCAUCCUGAGAAUGCGCAGGAUCAUAUCAUCGUUAGGCUCGGCCUGUGCGGCUUUCCACUUCUCCUCCUUCGCCUUGCGCAUGGUCCCAAGAUUCCGGGACAACAUGAUGCUCUUAGCACGCCGUGCGCCAGCCAUGCCGCCAGGGCUCAGCAGUCCCCCGCCACCGAGUUGGCCUAGAUUCGCGGGUGCUGAAAACCUUGAGCGCUGCAUUUGCUGGCUCGCGGCAGUUGCGCUGGCCAUACGCUCGGACUCCCGGAUAAGGCCAUCCGUUGGCUCGAAAUAGAAGAAAUUCAGCAUCUGGAGUUCAUGGUACUUGGGAUUCUUGAGGACGUUGACGGGGACGCCGUUCGCCUCGCCAGUCUCCUCGUCAACGGCGUGGAAGAAUUCGAACAGGCUUUGCAGCCAUUUGAAGACAAUGUCGAGUUCUUGCUGGGUUAGUGCUUUUUGUUGCGAGGGCUUGUCGGAUAGGGGAGGGACGAGGAGGCCUUCGAUUGUGACGAGGACUUCUUUCCAUAUACGUGUCAUGACGGCAAUCAUGGCUUCGGAUGUUAGUGUUUGCUGCAUUAUAGCAAAGUUGUCAUCGAAGUAGUCGAAGAGGGGCUUGAGGGCGUUGACGAUUUCCGCGUUGGUUGGCAUGGCUGAGGUAGGUACGGCCGAUGCACGGUUGCGCGCAAAGUAAUUGGAUACUGAGG